AUGUCUGCAGAGAAGUUCAUGCAACCGGCCAUACCAAGGUUUGAUGGCCAUUAUGAUUUUUGGUCCAUGACGAUGGAGAAAUUCUUACGAAGCAAAGAAUUGUGGCAGCUUGUAGAAGAGGGCAUACCAGUGAUUGAAGCCACAUCCACUAAGGAACAACGUAAGAGUGUGGCUAAGGCCAAUCUAAGGGAUCUGAAGGUAAAAAAUUACCUAUUCCAAGCUAUUGAUCGGGAGAUCUUGGAAACCAUAUUAGACAAAAGUACGUCGCAGGCAAUUUGGCAAUCCAUGCAGAAGAAAUAUCAAGGCUCAACGAGAGUGAAACGUGCUCAGCUUCAAGCACUAUGUCGUGAGUUUGAGCUUUUAAAAGUGGAUGCGUAUCUAGGACGCACACUCAGUAUAGUUAACAAAAUGAAAUCAAACGGUGAGAAAGUAGAUUCUAGCACAGUGGUUAGCAAGAUACUCCGAUCGCUAACUGCAAAAUUCAGCUAUGUGGUGUGUUCCAUUGAGGAGUCUAACGAUUUAAGCGCUCUCAACAUUGAUGAACUUCAUGGCACUGUUCUUUUCCAUGAACAAAGAAUGCAAAGUCUUCAACGAGAGGAACAAGUAUUGAAAAUAACUCAUGAUGAUCGAUCUGGAAUAGGUCGUGGUCGUGGUCGUGGAUACAGUCGUGGUCAUGGCAGAGGUCGAGGACGACAACGGUUAAAUCGAGCACUCAUUGAAUACUUUCACUGUCACAAGCUCGACCAUUUUCAGUAUGAAUGUCCCGAAUCUGGAAACAAGGCCCACUACACAAUAUUUGAAGAAUCAAAAGAAGUAGAAGAUGAGCUAUUACUAGCAACAUAUGAGGAGAUGCCACAAUCUGUCCAGGAGGAAGAUUGA